AUGCCUUCGUCCAAAGGGGAACCCACUGAUCCUGAGUUGAGGGAGAAGAUUAAGGAAGAGGUCAAGAACGAAGAGAAGGGCGGAGGCAAGGGUAACUGGUCGGCGUGGAAGGCUGGCGAAAUGGCUAAGCGAUACGAAGCAGAAGGGGGGGAUUACACAGACACGGGCGACAACAAGAACAAGGCGAAGAAGGGUGAACCGGAGAAGAAAUAG